CAGGAAAGACACGCUCACUGGCCAGCGCUACCGACUGUUGGUUUCUAUUGGUCAGCUCACGUGACGUCUUUUUUGUUUUGAUUGGAUAGCAGGGACCAUUUGGAGAAGGCGUGUUUUAGAAGGGGACGAAGGUUAUAUGAAGGGGUGUCGGUGGGCCGUAGUGCCUUAGUGCCGGGGGAAGUUAAGUGACUGCAGGAGGCCUGGGUGUCCGUAGAACCGGCUAACGAGGAGGAGGGCGCCGCUGGGAGGAGGAGAAGAACGCCGGCGGUCGUACACAAGGGUUAGGCCUGAAGCCUCCGAGCUUGAACGAUCAACGUCACAUCCUUGUCACCACAGAUAUCCAGGCUGGCCGUAGACCGAGAGCCACACCGGAGCACCCAUCAGUCGUACCGAGAGAAGAGCCGAUCUUCCCUGCUCCAGAGGCAUGAAUUCAAACGUUGAAAACCUACCCCCACAUGUAAUUCGCCAAGUUUACAAAGAGGUUUCUACUUUGACAUCUGAUCCGCCAGAAGGAAUAAAGAUCAUUCCCAAUGAAGAAGACAUAACUGAUGUGCAAGUCAGCAUUGAAGGGCCAGAGGGGACUCCGUACGCAGGUGGUAUUUUCAGAAUGAAGUUAAUUUUGGGUAAAGAUUUCCCAGCAGCACCUCCUAAAGGAUACUUUCUUACCAAAAUCUUUCAUCCAAAUGUUAGUUCCAAUGGAGAAAUCUGCGUCAAUGUUUUAAAGAAAGAUUGGAAGGCCGAGUUGGGUAUAAGACAUGUCUUGCUGACAAUAAAGUGUUUGUUGAUUCACCCAAACCCAGAGUCGGCAUUGAACGAAGAGGCUGGUCGUCUCUUACUGGAGAACUAUGAAGAGUACGCAUCCCGUGCAAGACUCAUGACAGAAAUUCAUGCACACAGCUCUUCCUUAAGGGGCAAGGAUCCUACGGACCCCUGCUCCUCUGCAUCAGCGACAGGUGCUCUUGGCGAUGGACCCAUGGCCAAGAAACAUGCUGGAGACCGAGACAAGAAACUUGCAGCUAAAAAGAAAGUGGACAAAAAGAGAGCCUUGAGGCGACUUUAAGUUGGAAAUAAAAACAUUUACCCAAAGGGGCAGGGAAGUAUUCAGGUCAAAUUAUGUACGAGAACUUUAGACCACGAGGGGAGGGCCGGUGAAGAAAGUCUGGGGAGCAAUUACAUCCAUAUCCUUUUUUCCCCAUUUUUGUUUUGUUUUUUACAGCCUGCUUUUGUUAGUUUUUUUUCCAAUCUAAGUUAUUUAAAUUAUAAAUCUAUUAAAUACAUUUUUUCAUAAAGCACUGUGAACAAAUUUCUCUUUAAAUGCUGGGAAAUUAUUUUGAUAUGUACUGUACAUGACUGAGAAUCAAAUCCAAGACUGGGAUAGUAGCCCCAAAGAAAAAUGUGCACUUACCUGCAUGGUCGGUGAAUACUCAACUUUAUUCUGCAUAAAACAACAUUUUUUAUAAUCACUCUGACCUCAGAGUUUAGAAGAUCAUUGUUGGAGAUUGACAGCUUAUCUUUGUAUGCUUCCCUUUGAUGGUUAAUGAAGACUACAGCAGAAAUAUGGUGGUGCUCAGCAGCAUUUACGGCUCCAGUUACAGUGAAUUUUUAAAAUGUAUGGACAAAAUAAAAAUCAAUUCUGUGUAA